AUGCCUCAUCAAUCGGAUAUUUCUAUGGUUUCCACGGCCAAACUCAUUCCUGUGGCCGUCGAAGGCGACUAUUACGGCGGAUCAUCGGCUGCUGUUCCCUUCAAAUGGGAAUCUCACCCCGGAACUCCAAGCCGGCUCUUUAAAAGAUCUUCCUCUUCCGGUUUUGGUUCGGAUUCCGAUUCCAAUUCUCCGGUUUCAGCUCCACUCACACCACCUCCUUCAUCCUUCUACGCUUCUCCUUCAUCUACAAAACCUAAAAAAACAAACACUCACUUCACUUCCUUGUUUUCCAAGAAUCGUAGCUCUCCGUCGUCUCCGGCUGGUUCUUCUUCAUCAUCAUCGUCUUCAACAUCUUCUCCGCUGAGGACACCGGAUUUGUACGGAAGGAACAGCCGAAGAUCAAUGCGGUUCGGAUCGGCUUCUGGUGAUUUAAGCUACGGAUCUAAUUCUAAGCAUUAUAAUGCUAAAUCUUCAGGAUGUUACGCUUCCAUCAUCAAGGUGUUGCUCAGAGAUGUCAAAUGA